AUGUUCCCUAAAUUUGGUUUUUUCCCUGAUUUCUACCUCCAGCUCGAUGGAAUCUACGGUCACAUCUACUUUUACAUCGCCUGGAGUACAGGGAUCUGUCAAGCGAUGUCUGUAUCUGUUCUGGCUACAAAUCGGUUGUCAGCCAUGAUAUUUCCGGAAAACUAUCAGAAAAUGUGGCUAGGGUACCGUCUACGGAUAGCAAUUGCUCUCCAGUUCAUUCCGGGGUUGUGUAUUGGAAUGUUCACGUUUUUUAAUACUACAGUACUCGUGGUCAAUGAGAAUGGAGGAGUGGUGCCGAAGUUUGUAAACGAUCUCUUUGCCUGUAUCAAUCCGUAUCUUCUCUGGAUAUUUUCUGAUUCCCUCCGAAAGUAUGUCCUAUCCAAGCUUGGACUUUGGAAGCAUGGAUCUGGAAUAACUACAGGAGUACCAAGAUUAACUAUGCAAUCGGUGGUUCCUGUUUCUUGA